CCGUGCCCAGACUUGUUCGGGCCACCCUGCCUUGCUCCUUCUUGCGCGCGCACCCGCCACCGCCUUGCCCCUUGCCCCUUCCCCCCGCCGCGGGGCUCGUUCAUUCACCCUCGGCCAGCAUGCGUGCACACGCCUUCCCACGCACCGGGGAGAUGCCCAGCCCGUCGGAUAGCUCCUCCUCGUUCGAGGACUUGGCGGACUUCGAGCUGCUCCCGGCGUCCGACGCGGAGAGGAGCCCGCGCGAGCCGGCCGACGACGCCAGCGCGGCUGGGCCCCGCCAGGCGGCAUCGCCUUCGGGCCUCGAGUUGGAUGAGACGACAGACCCUUCGGCGGACGCGGUCCUUCCCUUGAACCGGGACACCAUGCUGUUCCUCAUGGCCGUGACGCAGGGCUGGGCGCCGGCCGAGUACCGGGAGAGCGCGGUGCCGGUGGAGUUCCUCCGGCUGGUUGGCCGGGAGGCGCCCGAGCCCGAGCCCGAGCCCGAGCCCGAGCCCGAGCCCGAGCCCGAGCCCGAACCGACCGUACACCUGGCCGUGUCCCUGCGACUGGUGACCACGGUCCAGUGCUUCGAUGCCGGGCAGGCGGCCCCGGCGGUGCAAGUGAAGGCCGUGCGGCGUGUGCGGUGGCCGGGCGGGCCGGUGGCCCUGCGGCCGGCCGGCGGCCUGCAGGAUGCGGUCUUCCGGCGGCUGGAGCGGCUGGCCGAGUCGGAGCUCCUGCGCACCGGGGCCCCGCACCACGCGUAUCUCCUCCAGCAGGAGGGGGAGGCCCUCCCGGGCCAUGGCCACCCCUGGCGGCGGGUGUCGGUGGCGCAUUGCCUGGUGGCCGACAUCCAGACGGCCGGUCCGGCCGGGGGCCGGCCGCUGAGGCGCCGGCUCCGGCAGGUUGCCUGCGUGCUGGUGGCGGCCGACCGGGGCGCCGAGGCGCCGCCCAAGCCGGCCCGGGGGGGCCGCCGGGCCCGGGCCACCGGACCCGGGGCCCCGGCCGGCUGCCUCCCAGGCGCCGGCCAGACCCUGCGCGUGUCCCGGGACGGCGGGCUUGCCUGCGAGCAGGGGGCCCUGCUGCAGGCGGCUGCCGCGGCGCUGGCCGACCUGCGGCGUGCUCUGGACGCCGGGGACUACUGA